GUCACAAAACACAAACAUGUGUUGCCUUUCGAGACAUACAUUUCAAGUGGACUUUUAAUUGAGUUUUAAUUUUGUUAUAAAUUACAAGUUAUGGCAAAGAAACGGGUUUUCAAACGAAGUAAUAAUAAUAAUAACAAUAAUAACAGUAAUAAUGAUAACAAAAGUUAUAAAAAAACAAAUAACAGAAGAAAUCAUUUCAAACGAAAGAAGAGUAAAAAUGAAAGCGAAGACAACAUUGAGUUCGUGAAUGAAGUGCUGCCGAAGACAUUGAAUGCUAUGAUUGGUUCGGCCAUCGAUGGCAACGACACCGACGACGACGACAACUACGAAGAGAUGAGGAUUUCGGCCAAUAAGACCAAUAAAAAGACCAAAAAGUCCGGAGGCUUUCAGUCAAUGGGUUUAAGUUAUCCCGUAUUGAAAGGUGUGCUGAAGAAGGGAUACCGCAUUCCGACACCCAUUCAGAGGAAGACAAUACCGUUGAUAAUGAGCGGUACGGAUGUGGUGGCGAUGGCGAGGACUGGUAGCGGCAAAACGGCAGCCUUUUUGUUGCCACUGUUGGACAAACUGAAGACACAUUCGGCCAAAACUGGUGUCCGAGCGCUCAUUAUAUCGCCCACUCGUGAGUUGGCUCUUCAGACCCACAGAUUCACCAAAGAUUUGGCCCGAUUUACGGACUUGAAGUCGAUCUGCAUUCUUGGCGGCGAUGCGAUGGAGAAACAGUUCGCUGCCAUCCAUGAGAACCCGGAUAUAAUGAUCGCAACUCCCGGUCGUCUCCUCCAUGUAGUGAUGGAAAUGAAUUUACGGCUGACGACAGUUGAGUACAUUGUCUUUGACGAAGCGGACCGACUCUUUGAGAUGGGUUUCAACGACCAGUUGACUGAGAUUUUGAGUCGACUCCCAGACCAGAGGCAAACACUUCUCUUUUCGGCAACACUUCCGCAACUGAUUGUUGACUUCACUAAAGCCGGACUCAAUGACCCGACUUUAGUCCGUUUGGACACUGAAUCCAAGUUAAGUGAGAACUUGAAGAAUGUGUUCCUCUCGUGUCGUAAAGAAGACAAAACCGCUAUUUUGUUAUAUUUACUCAAACAUGUCAUUAGUAUCACUCAAUUGACUGUUGUCUUCGUUGAGACCCGACAUCAUAUUGAAUAUCUCAAAGACGUGUUGACUGACUGUGACAUUCAGUGCUCUUAUUUAUACAGUUCUCUGGACUUAGAGGCCCGCAAACUCAAUGUCCAGCGCUUCCAAUCGAGACAAGUGAAGGUCCUAUUGGUGACAGAUUUAGCCGCGCGUGGCGUUGAUAUACCACUACUCGAUAAUGUCAUUAAUUAUAACUUUCCCGCGAAGUCUAAACUGUUUGUGCAUAGAGUGGGACGUGUGGCCAGAGCUGGGCGUAUGGGAGCCGCGUAUUCACUGGUGGCUCCGGACGAGACACCCUUUGUCUACACUUUGAAUCUGUUUCUGAACCGAGAGUUUAAAUUAGCGAAACCCGACUCUAAGCUCAGCGAUGACGGCCUCUUCGGUGCGGUUCCGCAACAUGUCAUCGACCAGGAGAUGGAAGUGUUAGAAAGAAUUCAUACGAUUAACACCGAAUUGAAUCAAAUGAAAAUAGUUUGUGGCAAUGCUUACAAACAAUACCUGAAGUCGCGGCCGACCGCUGAUAACGAAUCCGUUCGUAACUCCAGACAACUCAUUACAUCGCGAGACAUAGAAAUUCAUCCCAUAUUUAAGAAAACAUCGGCCAAUUCGGCGGUCAAUAACACGUCUGUGAGGACUGACAUCUUGUCGUCGAUCCGUGCAUAUCGUCCGAACUCAACCAUCUUUGAAACGGGAAAAACCAAAGGAAGCGUUGGCUUUGAAAUAAUGCAACAAAAGCGCAAAUUUUUCGAUAAAACGAUUGAGAAGUUUGGCGCCAAUAAGAAAAUCGCAUCAGAUUUUGAUCAAAACACCGACAAAUUCAAAGACAAAGACCUAUACGUUCCGUAUCAGUCAUCUCAACAUCACUCCGAAAAGGGACUCGAAAUGGAUCAGCCUUUCAACGCGCAGAUGGCUUCGGCUGUCCUCGACUUUAAUGGCGACGAGUCGUCGACAAUGAAUAGGGCUAACAAUGCCAUGAAAUGGGAUCGAAAGAAGAAGCGCUUCAUAUCUGCGGGAAAUACAGAGCAAUCGAAAAAGCGUAUCAAAACCGAGAGCGGGAACUGGAUUCAGGCCUCUUAUAAGUCCGACAUCUAUAAGAAGUGGAAACUGAAGGCAAAGACCGAACAACAGGACAGCGAUAACGAGGAAGGAAUCGGAAGCGAUGGCGAGAGAGUGGCUCGAAAUGAAAGUAUUCCUAAAAAAUUAAAUACAAAAGUCAUUCAGUCGUCUCGAAGACCACCGAAACGGGAGCUCAAGAAUCGCGAAGAGAUCUACAAAGAGAGACAAAAGGCGGAGAGGAAGAAGUCGUUCAUGAAAUGGAGACAAAGCGAGAAACAGAAGAAGAAGAAUGCGCUCAAGAAAGCACAAUAAUACCAAUAAUCAUGCGAUCGCUUUGGGUGUUAAUUGUUUAUACAAAAUAAAAUAUAAAUUUAUUUGA